AUGGCCGCAGGCAGGCGCUUUCUGAGGCUUCUGCGCACCCCCUCCAGUUCCAUGGCUCAGAGCCCGCUCCAGGGCGUGCCCCGCUCCGAGGGCCUGCACGCGGGGCAAGGGCCCCGAAGGCUCUCCAUCGAAGGCAACAUUGCUGUGGGAAAGUCCACCUUUGUGAAGUUACUCACGAAAAGGUACCCAGAGUGGCACGUAGCUACAGAACCUGUAGCAUCAUGGCAGAAUGUCCAGGCAGCUGGCCCGCAAAAACCCUUCAGUACUCCAAAUUCCACAAACUUGCUGGAUUUGAUGUACCGGGAGCCAGCAAGAUGGUCCUACACAUUCCAGACGUUUUCUUUUAUGAGCCGCCUAAAAAUACAGCUGGAGCCCUUCCCCGAGAAAGUCUUACGGGCCAAGAAAGGGGUCCAGAUCUUUGAGAGGUCUGUGUACAGCGACAGGUAUAUCUUUGCAAAGAAUCUGUUUGAAAAUGGCUCCCUCAGUGACAUGGAGUGGUACAUCUACCAGGACUGGCAUUCUUUCCUCCUGCAGGAGUUUGCCAGCCGGCUCCAGUUACACGGCUUCAUCUACCUUCAGGCUGCCCCCCAGGUUUGUUUGAAGAGACUGCACCGGAGGGCCAGGGAAGAAGAGAGAGGAAUUGAGCUGGAGUAUCUUGAGCAGCUUCAUGGUCAACACGAGGCCUGGCUUGUUCACAAGACCACCAAGCUCCACUCAGAGACUCUGCUGAACAUCCCAGUGCUGGUGUUAGAUGUCAAUGAUGAUUUUUCUGAAGAUGCAACCAAACAAGAAGAAUUUAUGAAAAAGAUAAACACCUUUGUAAAUACUUUGUAA